CUGAGCUCUCACAUCCAAAUCCGCAACUGCAACUACAUAAUCCGAGUGUUCCCCACCCCUUCAACCAUGCCCAUUCCCUCCCAUCCUCUCUCUCUCUAACAGCAAAUUCCUGAACCAUGCUCUUCUUCGCUACAAUCCUCCGUCUUGUUCCUCACCAAUGAGACAUGGGCUUUUUCCGGCGACUCUUCGGCGCCAAGAAAUCCGAUCAUUCCUCCGCUUCCUCCGGCAAGGACAAGAAGAAAUGGAGCUUCGGGAAAGCCAACAAGGACAAGUCUCACGGUUCUAAAACUAAAGGAUCUGAUCUCAACCACUUUGAUUCCUCCACUACAUUCUCCGACUCUUUAGAUGCAAAUAAGCAUGCUAUCGCUGUCGCGGCCGCCACCGCCGCCGUGGCUGAGGCUGCACUAGCCGCUGCUCAUGCGGCCGCAGAGGUAGUCCGACUAACAAGUGGCGGCACCGUCACUCGACCGGUGACUACUACGACACAGGCUAGUAGCACUAGCCAUCGCCGGUGGGUGGAGGAAGCGGCCGCCGUUAAAAUCCAGUCUUCUUUCCGUGCUUAUCUGGCAAGGAGAGCACUGCGAGCACUCAAAGCAUUGGUGAAGUUACAAGCACUGGUGAGAGGCCACAUAGUAAGAAAGCAAACUGCAGACAUGCUCAGGCGCAUGCAAACAUUAGUCAGACUGCAGGCUCAGGCACGUGCAAGUCGUGUGUGCAUGUCAGAUCAUCUGCAUUCUGGCAAGCCUUCACUGUUUUAUCAUCCUGUACCUGACGAUCAUGAGCACCCACUCCGUGCCUAUAGUACAAAAUUUGAUGCAUCUUCUAUCCUAAAGAGAUGUAGCUCCAAUGCAAAUUUCAGGGAGAUUGGUCCACAAAGAGCGCAGUUUGGAUCACAUUGGUUAGAUCGUUGGAUGGAAGAAAGUGUUUGGAGCCAUUCCAGAGACGCUUCAUCACUGAGAAAUGUGUGCACGGAUGAUGAGAAGAGUGACAAGAUCCUUGAAGUGGAUACAUGGAAGCCACACUUGAGAUCUCAUUGUAGCAGCAGCUCCUUCCACGCGUCUCAAUGCUACUCAGCUUCGGACUAUGUCAACAGCGAGACGGUAUACGACUCUCCUUCGAAAAGGUCAGCAAAAGCUCUAAACCAAAGCCUCUCAUCACUGAGCUCCUUGAAGAUUCAGAAAGGAAAAGAAGUAGCAUCAGCUCCAAGAACUGUUGAGAAUAGCCCACAAGCACUUUCAGCUUUAUCAUCUAGACCUGGAAGUGGAGGUAGGAGAGGUGGUCCUUUCACUCCGACAAGGAGUGAGUGUUCUUGGGGUAUCUUUGGCUAUCCAAGUUACAUGGCCAACACUGAAUCAUCAAAGGCUAAGGUUAGAUCUCAGAGUGCUCCUAAGCAAAGGUUCGAGUUUGAGAGAUAUAGUUCAAGUGCGAGAAGCAUUCAAGGGCUCUGGGAUUCAGAUAGGGAGGGAGAUUUCAGGAACAGAGCCUAUCCUGCUUCAACUCGCUUGAACAGAAUUGGGAGUGCCAAUUUAAGGUGAUGCUUGCGUGUGUUAUUAUAAGUUAUAACCGAAUCAACCUUCAAGUACCCAGAGAAAAAGGGUGGUUUCCUUUUUUCUGCCUGGAUUGUGUUUGCAGCAGUUGGAUUUUGCCACGGAGAUUUGAAUAUUUUUUUCUUUCUUUUUAAGUGGGCUAACUCUUGAAUUGGAUUUUUUUUUUUUUGGAAUUAACUUUGGCUACUGAGGAGGACCUUGACAUUUGUGUAAGACUCUGAAGUAUUUUAUCCUGCAAUAUUUGUCGAAUGUAACUUAUUAAUGUGACCAGGCGAUCUAAAGUACUAGUCCAUUCAUUGCUGAUGUGAUAGAUGUAUUGCUUUUAAACUGUAAGUGUGUGUUUAAAUUAAUAUUUCUGUUGAAGACCC